UUGGUUAAAUUAUUAAAAAUGAUUUUUUUUUCUGGUCGGGAUGAAAACCUCCAGGAAUCCGCGCAGCUCAGUUUUAUUUUGAAGGGUCAGACCGGAAACAGCGAGUUGCAUUCUGUCAGACCUGACCUGUGUCCGCUGCGGUCCGGCUGAUUAGAACCGGUCCCGGACUGUUUGGAUCAGCAGGUUUCUUGGGUUUGGACCCAUUUUAUCUUCUGGUUCUGUUGGUUCUGUUUCCGAACUUUUUCCGAACUUUUGUUGUGUUUACUGAAAGUUCUGGUCAAUUUUUCCAGAGAUUUCCCAGUUCGGUUCGGUAUUUCCUACUGGACCUGACUGGAAUGUGAUUGCGAGUUCUGAAGAGAAGAACCUCAGUCAGAACCGGUACCAGCUCUGAGCGGACCUGAAAUGCUGGUUCUGCUGGUCCUGGUUCUGGUUCCGGAGCCGCUCUUCUGCCGGGGCGCUCCUCCGGUCCGGUUCUCCAUCCCUGACCCGGUUCUGAACUUGGACCUGCUGGAGGAGCCAGGAGGCGGCAACGGAACCGGGUUCGGGCGCUGCGGACCGUGCGACCCGGAGCUGUGCCCGGAGCCCCGCGGCUGCCGGGCCGGACUGGUUCCGGACCGCUGCGGCUGCUGCGCGGAGUGCGGGAACCUGGAGGGCCAGGCCUGCGACCCGGGGGCCCGGGCCCGGUUCUACGGGCUGUGCGGAACCGGGCUACGGUGCCAGGCGGACCGAGCCGCGGGAGGAGAACAGGAGGAGGAGGAGGUGUGUGUGUGCGAGCAGCAGGGGGCGCUGUGCGGCAGCGAUGGAACCACAUACCUGAACCUGUGUCGGUUCCGAGAGGCCGCCUUCUCCGACCCGGAGCUCCGAACCGCGGGGAUGGGUCCCUGCAGGACAGCCCCUGUGAUCAAAGUCGCCCCCAAGGACCAGGUGAACGGCAGUGGCAGCAUCAUGCUGUUCCUGUGUGAGGUGUUUGCGUUCCCCAUGGCGCUGGUGGACUGGAGGAAGGACGGCCGGGACGUCGUCCUGCCUGGAGACGACCCCCACAUCUCUGUCCAGGCCAGGGGCGGGCCUCUGAGGUUCGAGCUCUCCAGUUGGCUGCAGAUCGAGGGGGCGGAGCCUGCAGACUCGGGAACCUAUCGCUGCAUCGCUCGCAACGAGCUGGGAUCAGUCUCAGCCUCGGCUGUACUGGGAGUACUGGGAGCAGGUGAGACACACCUGGGAGGGGAGGAGCUUAUCCUGUCCAACCUGUCCUUCCUGUCUGUGCGUCCAGAGGAGCUGUCAUCUGAGAGGAAGCAACUGCUGGACGACCUCUGACCCCUUGGGGAUGUCGCUUCCUGUCAGCAGACCAAGUCAAGGCAUGAUCACAGACUUUUAUUUUGGCAGGGCAGCAGGAUGUAGAUCUGAGAGGUUUAUGGUGGAAUUCAUUUUUUCAAAAUAAAAGACCCAGCAGCUAUUUGGGACGACUUCCUGUCGUGUUGGAACCUGCUUCCUGUAAAAUCUGAUAAUAAACCAGAAUAUUACAUCCUC